GUGUCGUCACUCGGUCUCUUGAAAAAUAGACUAAGGCCAGCGCUUCCUAAUAGUGCGCUUGCUGGCCAGUGUUUGCGUUGAAACGUGACCGAGCCACGACCUUAAAGGGGAGGGAGCAGAGCGGGGCCGGAGCUCUUUAAAGUGAGGCGCGGUGGUGCCUGCCCCUUUAAGGGCGGGGCGUCCGGACGACUGAAUCUGAGUCCCAGAUUACCCGGAGUUUCCGUCGCAGCCUGAGGGGAAAGGCUCGUUGGUUGGGUCCGGGUGCUUGGCGGCGGCGGCUUCAUCCCCGCUUGUCCUCCCCGGGCCCGGAGACACUCCUGCCCCAGUCAUGCUAAGCAGAGUAUGGAAGCAGCUGACUACGAGGUGCUAUCCGUGCGAGAGCAGCUAUUCCACGAGCGGGUCCGCGAGUGCAUUAUCUCAUCGCUUCUGUUUGCGACACUGUACAUCCUCUGCCACAUCGCCCUGACCCGCUUCAAGAAGCCUGCUGAAUUCACUACAGUGGAUGAUGAAGAUGCUACAGUCAACAAGAUUGUGCUCGAGCUGUGCACCUUUACCCUGGCGAUUGCCCUGGGUGCUGUCCUGCUCCUGCCCUUCUCCAUCCUCAGCAACGAGGUACUACUCUCACUGCCUCGGAACUACUACAUCCAGUGGCUCAACGGCUCCCUCAUCCAUGGCCUCUGGAACCUUGUUUUUCUCUUCUCCAACCUGUCCCUCAUCUUCCUCAUGCCCUUCGCAUACUUCUUCACAGAGUCUGAGGGCUUUGCUGGCUCCAGAAAGGGCGUCCUGGGCCGGGUCUAUGAGACGGUGGUGAUGUUGGUGCUCCUUACCCUGCUGGUGCUGGGCAUGGUGUGGGUAGCAUCAGCCAUUGUGGACAAGAACAAGGCCAGCAGGGAGUCACUCUAUGACUUUUGGGAGUACUACCUCCCCUACCUCUACUCCUGUAUCUCCUUCCUCGGAGUCCUGUUGCUCCUGGUGUGUACCCCGUUAGGUCUCGCCCGCAUGUUCUCGGUCACUGGGAAGCUGCUGGUCAAGCCUCGGCUUCUGGAAGACCUGGAGGAGCAGCUUUACUGCUCAGCCUUUGAAGAGGCAGCUCUGACCCGCAGGAUCCGCAACCCCACCUCCUGCUGGCUGCCUUUGGACAUGGAGCUACUGCACAGACAGGUCCUAGCUCUGCAGACACAGAGGGUCCUGCUGGAGAAGCGGCGGAAGGCUUCAGCCUGGCAGCGGAACCUGGGCUACCCUCUGGCCAUGCUGUGCUUGCUGGUGCUGACGGGCCUGUCUGUGCUCAUUGUGGCCAUCCACAUCCUGGAGCUGCUCAUCGAUGAUGCUGCUAUGCCCCGGGGUAUGCAGGAUGCCUCCCUGGGCCAAGUCUCCUUCUCUAAGCUGGGCUCCUUUGGUGCUGUCAUUCAGGUUGUACUCAUCUUUUAUCUGAUGGUGUCCUCGGUUGUGGGCUUCUAUAGCUCUCCACUCUUCCGGGGUCUGCGGCCCAGAUGGCAUGACACAGCCAUGACACAGAUAAUUGGGAACUGUGUCUGUCUCCUGGUCCUGAGCUCAGCACUUCCUGUCUUCUCUCGGACCCUGGGGCUUACACGCUUUGACCUGCUGGGUGACUUUGGACGCUUCAAUUGGCUGGGCAAUUUCUACAUCGUGUUCCUCUACAAUGCGGCCUUCGCAGGCCUUACCACACUGUGUCUGGUGAAGACCUUCACUGCAGCUGUGCGGGCAGAGCUGAUUCGAGCCUUUGGGCUGGACAGAUUGCCGCUGCCUGUCUCCGGUUUUCCCCGGGCGUCUAAGAAGACCCAGCACCAGUGACCUCCAGCAGGGAGUGGGAGGGAGAAAACUGGACACUGCCAUCUACUGCCCAGGCCUGGAGGGGAGCCUGGGGGUGGGUGGACCUCAGGACCUGGAAUCUGAGAGGGUGGGUGGCAGAGGGGCAUUGAGCCAUCUGCACUGUUGCAAAUCUGAGCCAGAGUUUGGGACCAGGCCUCCUGCUUUUCCAGACUUAACAACUGUGGGUCUCAGUAUGGAGUAGGGCUGGGUGACUGCCUCUGGCUUCUGGUCCUAAAUCUGUUUACACAUCAGUCUGCCUCACUGCUGUUUCGGGCCAAGCCCGUAGCCAUGUUUACAUGAUUUGAUGUGCAAUAGGGAGGGAUGGGGACAGGGGAGAGUCUGGGCUGGGGACAGUCUUGGGAGGCAGGUUGCCUCCCUUGUCUCUGGCCCAGCAGAGCCUCAGCACUGUGCUGUCCUGGAGGGGCUUUGGACCACCAGAGAGGCCACAAGAAUAGGGAAGGGAGGAAGAGGCUGGAACCAUCAGCAAUAAAGUUGAUCCCAGGGUUUGCUUUGAUUUUUUAAA